AUGCUGCGCACGAAUUCCACUGCUAUAGGACCACACAGUUUCGACUUACUCGAGCAGCAAGCCGGUAACGAUGAAAAUCUCCAGCAGAAUGCUUUCGCAAGCUUAUUUGGUUCGCAUCUUGAUGACGAGACUCCUUAUGAGCUUCAUACUGAACUUGUUGUCCGUAUUACUAUUCACUUUGAAGACGAUUCGACAUUGCUGCUCUCAGGGGUAUGCAAAGAUCUCGAUAGCUCAAAUUAUGAGCUGUUGUAUGAAUUCUCCGGUAUUCGGUCGACCGAUCCUGGAUUUCAACCUCCACAAGAGUUUUUUGGAGGGAUGCGAAUUCAUGAUAGCUAUGACGUGUACCUUACUGAAUUUUUGUCUGUUUAUUUUCUUGACCGUCUCACUAGCGAAUUUCUUGCAGUGAAUGAUGUUUAUGGGAUUACUGAUGCAAACAGCUUACCGGAAUUUUUUUCAAUUAUUAUUUUGCAUGCCAAGGCUGGUGAAAAUAGUAGAAUUGAUGUUGGUGAUAAUGAAAAUAAUAGUGAUCAUGAAAAUAAUGCUGCUAAUGACGAAACUGGCAGUGAUGACGGAAACGAUGGAACUGAGGGUGUUGACGAAGAUAAUAAUGGUGAUCAUGGAAAUGGCAGUGAUAACGGGGCCGGCGAUAGUAUUACCGAUUUGAAAAUACAGCUGUAG